CCGUGGUUAGUGCUUUCAUCUGGACGGAGUGCAAGAGCCAGUGUCCAAGAGAGAGAGAGAGAGAGAGAGAGAGACAGAGAGUUGAAGCUCGGGUCGGAGGAAGGACAGUCAGAUGGAGGACGCGCACAUGCGGACGUCCACGUCAGCAUGUCCGGCGACUUUGCAGCGGCCUGUGCCAGCCGAUCUGGACAAAUAUGUGGAUAAGCCUYAUCUGCCACGUGCACUGGCGGCGGUAACGAUCGAGACCCCGACAGGCACUCCUGGCUACGAUCACCGGCACCUGAGCGUCAUGCAGCAGCACGUGGCCUUUUUCGAUCGGAACAGGGACGGRCUCAUUUACCCGUGGGAGACGUAUUCGGGGUUCCGAGCCCUUGGGUUUAAUCCUCUGAUAGCCCUUCUCGGCGCUUUCGUCAUYAACGGAGCGAUGAGUUACAUGACGGUCGACGGGUUCCUGCCAUCGCCGCUCUUCGUCAUCAAGAUACGCAACAUCCACAAAGCGAAGCACGGAAGUGACUCAAAAGCCUACGACACAGAGGGGAGGUUCCAGGUCCAGAAAUUUGAAGAAAUUUUCUCCAAGUUCGACAAAGACCGAAGGGGAGGGCUCACAUUCUGGGAGAUGAUGGAAAUGACCGAGGCCUUCCGCGACGCAGUGGAUCCGUUCGGAUGGGUGGCAGCGAAGCUCGAGUGGGGAAUCACUUAUCUGCUGGCGGCCAAGGACGGGAUCAUCUCCAAGGACGCCAUCCGCGGAGUUCUUGACGGCAGUCUCUUCUACACAGUCGAGAGGCAGAGGAAGAAGGUGCUGUAAACGUGAAUGCCAAUGCCCGCCAUUGGACUCGACGCCUUCUUGUGCGUCUGAUUUCGUCUCUUCGACACAGUCGAGCGGCAGAGGAAGAAGGCUCUCUACACAUGAAUGCCGGCCAGUGUCGACGUUGUGURAAGGUGGAGGAAAGGAAAGAGUGAGCAGACCUGAUCAUCGCCACAUAARUGAGCGAAAGAGCGCUWACUUUAGAUUACGUGCAGGUGCGCAUUUCGUCCAAUUGAUUGGAUCCAUCACAGAGGAGGAACGUACUGUUGCAGGCGUUACGGAUUACCUCCAGCAGCAGGGGCCCCACGGAUGUUUCAAAAGAAKAAUAGUAAAGUCGAAGAGGGCGUAUCUGUCAUAGGAAUUGGAUGUUCGUGGCGUGUAUUGAUUCUGACCUAGUGUAUCGGAAGUUGCCAGUUAUUCGAGUCGCUGUAAGCGGGCGAAGAGGGGUUUUAGGAGGGGUCAAAAUGAAAGUGGUAAAAUUUGGAAGGGGUCAACUAGUCGGGAUAAUCUUGAGACGGGGAAAGAGAGUGGUAUCGGAAAGGGCAUAAUCAGCCGAGACGCUCUUCGAGCGGAUGUAACGAGAUGUUCAAGUAAGUAAGUUUCUUUGGGGUUCGUGGUGAUUGAGAAAUAUGGGAGAGGUCGUGUUGCAGUGAGACCCGAAUCUGAUGAGGCGGAGGGAAGGUCUUUUCUCCAGUCAUGCGCAGGUGCUCAUUGUGUGGAGAAGCCGGUCGGACACGCUUGUGGCUAUGACGUCUUUUUCUUUAAGUCAACGCAUUUCCAGUCAUGCGCAGGUGCUCAUAGUGUGGAGAAGCCGGUCGGACACGCCUGUGGCUAUGACGGGGCACAUGAACGCUGCACAGAUUCUGUUUUUUUUAAUGUUUAGGAGUUGAUUAGUCACGACCAGGCGAAAGAGAAUAAAGAGCGUGCUAAACCGGGGAAUAGCAGGACGACCGUUUUCCCCCGAACAUAACGCACCCUGAUGAUGAAGGUACACCGUAUACAAGCUAUAUUUCUGGUGAGAUGCAACGAAAAUAAGGGUGUGUUGUGUUCGGAGGAACCUGGUACCGCAGAAAGCAAAGGGCAUACCCGCACUACCGUCGUCACCAGGAAGAGAACGCUGGCCCAGGUCAGUAUAUCUGUAUUUGUUAAAAGGCCCAGGUCAUUUUAUCUGUAUUUGGUGCAAUUUUCAUUCCAGGUACCGCGUUCAUGUGCAGCCGUUUUAUUCGGGUGAAGGCAAUGAGCGUUCCAUUCAGCUCUCGAAUCGAUUACCGUCAGACGCAUCUUUACCCAGCCUUAUUUGGAAACAGAUGCAUGUAGGAAAUUAGCGCCUAGUGUGAAUAUGCCCUUUUUAGCGCAAUGUGCCCGUCUAA